AUGACAGCACCGCCGGCAAGCGCAAAAGACUCCAUGAAGUCGACCUGGCGUACCGGGGAUCGAAAACAAUGGAACUACAACCACUGGAUCUUAUACGCCAUCAACCCGUUCCAUUACGACCUUGACCGAGAAGUUCCUGUCCACCCAAAGACCGACAAAGUCCCCCAUGUCAGCACAUUUGAUCAGCACCUUUGGAUCCUGGCCCAUGCGGCGGUAGUUCUAGCAGUUCAUCAGGCCUGGCUCUCCGCCACUGGCAUUCCGCUGAACUUUUUUGCCGCUGUUGGCUAUUACACAGCAGGGUUUCUAUGGAUCGUCGUCCGGGAGUUGCACACCAUCCGAGAGCUUGGACAUCGGUACGGCUUCUUGGAUGGACAACAUGAUCGCGAUGGAAUUCCCGAUUAUGGUGUUGCCAAGGUCCUCGGCGCCGGUUGGAAAACCGCAGGUGGACGCAUGCUCAUGGCCGUCUACCUUACCUACAGUCCUUCAUCAUCGCCCCUUCAGGACAUGAGCUCGCCAGCUUGGUGGGGGUGGCUCCCGCUUCAGAUUGGAUUCUAUGGUGUCAUCCUGGACUUCUGGUUCUACUGGUACCAUAGAUCGAUGCACGAUGUCAACGGACUUUGGCAGUUUCAUCGAACCCAUCAUCUUACCAAGCGCCCGAACGCCAUGCUGUCUGCCUACGCCGAUGAUGUGCAAGAGUUUUUUGACAUGGUCGGAGUUCCUUUCAUGACGUACCUUUCAUUCAGAGCCUUCGGUAUUCCACUUGGGUUCUAUGACUGGUUCAUUUGCCACCAAUACACUGCGUUUACCGAAGCAGGCGGACACAGCGGCCUGCGACUGAACAUCCAAGCUGCGUCUCCUUUCAGCUUUAUCCUUGCCUAUUUUGACGCCGAAAUCGCCAUCGAAGACCACGACUUGCACCACCGCAAGGGCUGGAGAAAAAGCCACAAUUAUGGAAAACAAACCCGUCUGUGGGACAGGAUUUUCGGCACUUGUCACGAGCGGAUCGAGCUGAGCAAAGACAACAUCGACUAUGUCAAUCAAGCCCGAAUUCCUCUAUUUUAG